UCUUAAUUCAGCAGAGGAGAACCCAAUCUUUGAUUCUCUUCUCUCUGCUUAGCUUCUUUCACUACCACACAGAAACAGAGCUUCCCCCGUCUUCAUCUUCCUCCGUAUGCGUCACUCUUAAUACAUUCGAUUUCACAAUGUCCGUCGCUCUCAACGCCGGAUUCAGUUCUCCGCUUCGUAACAGAUCCCAUCCUACAAUACCGUUAAAGCCUUCACCUUUUGUGCCCAACAUCUCUCUGAUUAGUUCAAGGAGGUCACUUUUAAGCAGAAGAGGACUGGUUUUAUCUUGUGUUGAGAAAAACGACAGUUCUGUCACAACAACAUCUGUUGAUUCUUCUCCCUCUUCGGAUACUUCUAGUAAACCAGCAAGUGAAUCAGUUGAAUCAGGAAGCAAUGGCUCAGCUAAAAAAGCACCAUUGACAGCACGAGAGAGAUUAAGAGCAGCUCGGGUUCUUAGCCGAUACACUGAAGCAGCACCUAAACCUUCAAAACCUAAGAUGGGAAGCCAGCUUCUUGAUGUGCUCAAGGAAAGUGAUAAGAAAACAAAGAGGAAACCGGGUCUACCCGAAGCACCAACCAACAUGCUUGAUGAUAGCAGGAGAGGGAUGCCGAAGAACGGCCUUACGUUUGAUUUACCCGGAGGCUCGGAUAUUCUCAUCAUUGCUUUCUCCUUUGUGUUCAUAAGCACAGUGAUGUUUGCUACUACUUUUCUUGUUUGGAAACUCGGUGCUAUACACUUCAACGAAUAGUAAAGUUGAGAGAGAUAUGGACAAGUUUUAAUGGAAGUUGGAAACCAUCAAGCAGAGAACAAGAGAGAGAGAGGGUUUUGUCACAAUGUUUAGUUAUGCAUACUUGGGAAAUGGGAAUUCUUCAUCAUUUGGCAAAGCCGGUUUGAGUGUAUAUACAUAUACUGUGUAGUGUGUAGUACACAUAAUUUUGCUAUUGACUCUCUUUAUGCUUGAUUUGCGAAGUUUAAUGUAAACAUUGUUAGCUUCUUUAUAUAAAACAGCAACGGUAAUGGAUUAUACCAAAAA